UUUAUAGAGAAUGAUAAGAAAUUCUCCACUUAACCCAAGACUAGUCUCUCAUCUUCCACAGCCUCCACAUAUAUAUGCUUGCUUGCUUAUUCACACAAACAAUAUUUGAACACAAACCACUUUAACAUAACAUCACAAAACUAAUAUCUUUGUUUGGGUGGAGAGGAGAGAAAUCUAGGGAAACACAUUUGUAUCGUUAGUUCGUUACUUAUUAUUAUUGUUCUUGAGAUUCUCAUUGUAUCAACUAAAAAUGACUUGUCCUCUUCAACUCCACCGGUUCAACCCCGCAUCCACCGCAGCCAGCUGUCCCAAGACGGCGCCGCCGCCAGCGCGCUGUUUCGCGGCCAAACCCACGACGGUCCCGGAGGCCGUGGCGCGGCAGCACGCGCAGGCGGUGGGGCCGAACCAGUGCUGCUCGGCCGUGAUCCAAUCGAUCGCGGCGCCGGCUUCCGCCGUGUGGGCGGUGGUGCGGCGGUUCGACAGGCCGCAGGGGUACAAGCAGUUCGUGAAGAGCUGCCACGUGGUGGGCGAGGGCAUUCGCGUGGGGGCGGUGCGCGAGGUGCGCGUGGUGUCGGGCCUCCCCGCGGCGUCGAGCACGGAGCGCCUGGAGAUCCUGGACGAGGAGCGCCACGUGAUGAGCUUCAGCGUGGUCGGCGGCGACCACCGCUUGAGAAACUACCGGUCGGUUACCACGCUCCACGGUGACGGCAACGGAGGGACAGUUGUCAUCGAGUCUUACGUGGUUGACGUACCGCCCGGUAACACUAAGGAGGAGACUUGCGUUUUCGUGGACACCAUCCUACGCUGCAAUUUGCAGUCCCUCGCUCAGAUCGCUGAAAACAUGGCAACUCAACACUACUGAAACACUUUUUUUGGAAAUUGGAAAUUGGAAAUUGGAAAUUGGUGGGUACCCACACCCUAAGGAUUUAUUUGUUUUUGGAGGACUCAAGGAGGUUCAGACGCCAAUGGUUGAAACGAAUGUGACAUACUGACAUAUAAUAUAUAUGAUAUAUGAUAUAUGAUUCAUGUUAUGUUCAUAUAUAUCAUAUAUUAUGUUUCUUCUCUUGUUUUUCCAUUCUGCUGUUGAGUCUGAUUCAGGACCUCUUGUGCUUCUUUUGCACCCAAUUCCUUUGGCCGUUGUUGUAUCCAUGGUCAUUAAUUAGUGUUUGGAUCAUCUUGUUCUGUGAAUAUUGUAAAUCCUUUUUAAGUUGUAGCAGAGAUUAAUCAUUUCUAUUUGAAUUAUGGUCUCGAUUGAUUUUAUAGUUUUA